GGUACGAGAUCGUUUCAUUCCUAACAGAUGGGACGCCGCAGGAGCCGAAGCUACAUAGGCGGAUGCCCCUCCCCCGAGCUUCAGGCCAACGCGCCUUACGCUUUCUCACCAUGGUGCCUGCCCCCCCUCACGACUCACAAGAUUCUAUACCCACUAUUGCAGAAAUUUCGGAGGCGAUGACUCUUACAGAGCCUCAAGGCGGGAGAGUUCUUCGUAGGCUCGAAAGUCACCACAACCAGCGCGACACGAUCCUCUGCUUAUCCCUGCAUGUUCUACUUGUUUUCAUACACGUAGCUUUAUUUGUGGUUAUCUCCCACCACUACGAACAUGCCUUCACGAUACGCCUCGAUAGCUCCACCUCUACAUGGGCUCCUCUCAUUGUGGGCACAACAUUGCAGAUCUUCGCGACGGCAUACAGUGCUAUCCUCGUGCUAUUGACUCAGCGCCUGGCCCUUCGAAAUGACCUCGGCACUCGACAAACCCUGACGGCCGUCCACGACAAGGCAUCAGCGUGGCUCGGUCUUGGGUCAGCGCUUGGGUCGCUCUGGCAACAGACUAAGCUGCGCGCCGCGACCUGGGGCGUAUCGUGUAUUACUCUAUACUUGCUCUGCAUGUUCACGCUACACAUCAGUAUCCAGGGUCUCUUCCAUGUCGUGCCAUACAACGCAACGAUACCGACACUGCAGUCGACAAAUCUUACCAACGCCAAUUACACCGCAAACAUGGUGUCCGCAUACGAUAUCCUGCUCGUGUACGACCAAAUACCGACGGUCGGACUGUUGGACAACAUGGUGUAUGAUAUUGUCCCUCAAGUUCCAAGUGCUACGGGGAACGCCAAGGUGAACGCAUCAAUGUAUGAAGUACAAUGCAUGGCGUUGCCGAACGUUCAGUAUGAGGACAUUAUAGACGACACUGCCGCACCGACAAUGUUCUUCCUCACGGAUGGCCCCGGGAGCGCUGCAAUCGGAAUAAAACUGCCAUACUAUCAGGCAUUAUAUGCUGGCACUAUCUCCAACAUCACUAUGUGCACCGCUCCGAAUCAAGACCAGACAGACUGUUGGGCACCAAUCGUAAUCGCAUCCACCGUCUCCAUUAUCGACUCAUCGGGUGCGGGGGUCCCAACUUCGACCGGUAACCCCUGGGUCGCCAUGCCAUUCGUGGAAGCACAGGAUGUUGGGAACUUUAUCAUUUCUUCAGACGGACCGCCGCAACAGCCACAAGUGCUGAUAACUGCCAUCCAGAUGGUCGCUUGUGCGGUGGAGAUUAACGAUACACAGAUUGAUGUCUCUGCGAUGACGCGGCAGCCGCUUGCUCCACCUCCCAGACCGUCCGAGGCACUAUGGGCUGCUUUCUCGUGGCCGGAGAACUUAACAAUUGAUGAUCCGCGUCUCAUAGCGGCUCAGAACACUCCGUCUCUUUCUCCCUCUAGUGGCCAUGAGAAUGACGUCGACUUAACCAUAUGGAGUGUCCUAGCGCUCACUGCUUCUGACACUUCUUUCAACGUUACUAUUGCCGAGCCAAUGCUUUAUAUGAAUCCACAGGACUCACCAGUGCAUAACUUGUAUAACAUAAACCCGGAGUUCGUGACCCAAGCACCUGCCGCUUUUGACACCUUCGUAGCAGAAGAGCUUGAAAUCGCUGCUCAGAACCGCACCAACGUUACCCUCGCAGACUUAAACCACAGUAUCGGCAAGGCUCUUGCCGCAGUGCACUGGUAUGGCCAGACCCAAAAUUACUCCGGCCCGCAUGCUUCAAACGGGAUAAUGCAGUCUUUCCUAUCCAACGACGUUCCUGUCAUCGUCCCGGAACAGCCCCAGCCUGCCAGCGGGGUUGGUCAGACGACAAUCAUGGUCCUCGUCCCCAGGUACCGUCUGAACCUCAGUUUAACUUCUCUCAUCAUCGGCACCGUUGCAUCAACGAUUCUACUCCUCCUCGCUGCAAUCCUUGUCCGUCUGCCGUCAUCUUCUGGGAAGAAUACUACGACAGCGCGUGCGACGGUUGAUAGCGCAGGGCUGUUGCAGAUUACAUGGCUGCUGGGACAUGAGCCACACAUUGCGGCGGUCGCAACUCCAGAGUUGGAGGCGCUUCGUGCUGCUGGCAUGUUCGAGCUUGCUACCGAGGUCGGUGAGGUGGAUCAGGAGAGAGCGUACUUGUACAAGAAUGGGACUCUAGAUUCGGGGCGUGGCUUCGAGUCGGACUAG